GUAACAUCCAAGAUUCCCCUCAGCACCGAACUGCAGCAGUGGGUUUCAUUGGCUGAGAAAGAGAAGCGCCUUUUGACUAUACGAUUUAAUUGGCUGGUCUGGGUUAGCGCGCCAAGAGGACUUGUAAGCGACAGCGAAGAUAAAGAAGUAGCAACUGAGCUGCAGGAACAUGUGGAACAACCAGGGUGGAUUUGAUGGUGGCUCAGGAAUGGGAGGCGGAGGUUAUAUGCAGUCUCCAGGAGGCUUUGGGUCUCCUGCACCCACUCAAGGAGAGAAAAAAUCGCGGUCCAGGUCACAGCAAAUAGUGCCAUGUACAGUGUCACAGCUACUGUCAGCAACACAGAAUGAUGAGGUGUUUCGAAUAGGAGAGACUGAACUUUCACAGGUCAUUAUAGUUGGCAUUGUCAGACAUGCCGAAAAAGCUCCGACAAAUAUUCUUUACAAAGUAGAUGAUAUGACUGCAGCACCCAUGGAUGUCAGACAGUGGGUGGACACAGAUGAGGCAAGCUGUGAAAAUAUGGUGGUACCUCCUGGUAGUUAUGUAAAAGUUGCUGGUCACCUUCGUUCCUUCCAGAACAAGAAAAGUGUUGUAGCAUUUAAGAUUGCUCCUGUUGAUGAUAUGAACGAGUUUGUUUCUCAUAUGCUGGAAGUUGUUCACUCUCACAUGGUCAUGAAUUCCCAGGGUGCGCCUUCAGGGGGUGGUUCCACAAUGGCCCUUAACACACCUGGACGCAUGGGUAUUGGUGACAGUGGCGGAGCAUUCUCAGGAGGAAAUGACAAUCCUACAAAUGGACUGACACCACAUCAGAACCAGAUUCUUAAUUUGAUCAAAAGCUGCAAAGGAAAUGAAGGCAUGGCAUUUGAAGAACUGAAAAACCGACUUCAUGGAAUGAAUGUUAACUCAAUUAGGAAAACUGUGGACUUUCUCAGCAAUGAGGGACACAUUUAUUCCACUAUUGAUGAUGAACAUUACAAAUCAACGGAUGGAGAUUAACAAGUUUUGUUUUCAUUUCUUGUGCUUUAGAACAUCUGAUUUAAUUGUAGAAGUUAUUGAAAUUCUAUGGUAAUUGUGUAUAUAUGCUGAAGCAAGCCCUUCAUUUUACUGACCUGUAGAUUGUUAGAAAACAAUGCACUUCAGAGAAGCCUAAUGUAAAUAUAAGUAUCUGGAAAGAUUAAGAUUAAUCUGGUUAUACGUUGACUGUCUCCAGGAAAGUUUGAAACGAUAUUCUUUACUUUUGACAAGUGACAUUUGAAAAUAUUAUUUAUUGGCACUUUCCAGAAAUUACAUGUCUGGGGAAAAAAGACACAACUAAGUUUAAAACAUUUGGUGUUUAUUGUAAUUAAAGACUUCCACUCCCCCUC